AUGUUUGGGAGCAGCGUGAUGCUGGGGCAGAGCCUCGCGGCGAGGCCCGCGACCGUGUCGCAGCGGCGCACCCUGCCCAUCACUGCGGGCCUCGUGGGUCCCGGGAAGAAGUGGGAGCGGCUCCCAGUCACCAAGAACGGCAAGCCCGUGAAGCAGAAGCUCCACGUGAAGACCGGGGACACCGUCGUGGUCAUCAGCGGCAAGGACAAGCAGAAGGUUGGAGAGGUCACCAAGGUGUACCCGAAGACGGGGAAGAUCGUGGUGCAGGACGUCAACAUCGUCACCAAGCACGAGAAGCCCGUGCGCGAGGGCGAGACGGGCCAGAUCGUCAAGCGGGAGGCGCCCAUCCACAGCAGCAACGUCAUGCACUGGAGCAAGGAGAAGGAGGUGCGGUCGCGGAUCGGGUACAAGGAGGAGGGCGGAAAGAAGGUCCGCUACUUGAAGAAGACCGGCGAGGUGCUCGCGUAG